AUGGCAGAAGCUCCAUCCACAACCACCAAUCUCAGAUUAUCUGGAAAAAUUGCCAUAGUGACUGGAGGUGCCAGUGGCAUCGGCGAAGCCACGGCUCGUGUCUUUGCUAACGAAGGCGUUCGUCACGUUGUGAUCGCCGAUAUCCAAGACGAGCUGGGCAAUCAAGUAGCUAUGUCCAUCGGUAAUGAAAGGUGCACCUUUAUCCAUUGUAAUGUGGCAAAUGAGGAUGAGGUUCAAAACCUCAUUCAAUCAACUGUCAAUACUUAUGGACAGGUAGAUAUAAUGUUCAGCAAUGCUGGAAUAUUUAGCCCCACUGAACAAUCAGUAAUGGAACUUGAUAUGUCUCAACUUGACCAUUUAUUUGCAAUAAAUGUUCGAGGAAUGGCAUUGUGUGUGAAACAUGCGGCGCGUGCAAUGGUUGAAGGUUCCGUGAGGGGAAGUAUCGUGUGCACAGCGAGUAUUCACGGUAGAGAGGGGGGCUCAAGAUCAACGGAUUACACAAUGUCAAAGCAUGCGGUGUUAGGACUAAUGCGUGCUGCUAGCGUGCAACUAGCAACACAUGGGAUAAGAGUGAACUCUGUCUCGCCGAAUGGAUUGGCAACACCUUUAACUUGUAAGUUGUUGGGGAUGAGCAAAGAGAAUGCACAACAGGUUUAUAAAAACUUAGCGAGGCUUGAGGGCGUGGUGCUCACGCCGAAACACGUGGCGGAUGCUGUCUUGUUUUUGGUUUCUAAUGAAGCUGAGUUUAUUACUGGUCUUGAUCUUUGGGUUGAUGGUGGAUUUGUUCCUAAUGAUUUAUGUCGAGUUGUAGACAAUGCAAGGCCACAACCUUAG